AUGAAUCUAGAUAAUUCAAGUAUUAGUAUUGUUGAUCUACCCGAUGAAAUGUUGCUUAGUAUUUUCAAUAAACUUAGUAAUUUUGAUGUUUUAUAUUGGCUGGUGGGCGUUAAUAAAAAACUUGAUAAUAUUGCACGUGAUAGAAAAUUUACUCAAUCUAUUGAUUUAACAAGCAUAUCAUCGAGUGAAAAAGACGAUCCUAAAACGAAUGCAAUACUUGAUCGGUUUUGUUUGUAUAUAUUACCUCGAAUUGAUAAUAAUGUUAAAUGUCUUAUUAUUGAUGGAUACUUCUUGGAACGUAUUCUACAUGGUAACAAGUUUUUUAAUUUACAGAGAAUCACUCUGAUCAAUCUUGAUAUGAAUAUGGCUUCACAUAUUUUAAAUGAAAACUAUCCAUUUGUUAUCAACUUCAAACAAAAAUUAUCCGAAUUGAUUAUAAGGAUUGAUUGUGAAGAUCCAAGUGUAUCAAUGCUGAAUUUACUCAUUGAUAUUUAUCAUCGUACAUUCGCCCUAUUCUCAAAUCUAAAAUAUUUGGAUUUGGAUGUGAACAAUAAUUACUUCUUUUCUAAAUCAUUAUUGAGUGGUUUAUCUUCUACUGCAUGUAUUUCGUCGAGUAUUACUCAUCUAUGUAUCAAAUUGCAUAAUAUAGACGAUUGUCUUCGUCUACUUGAUGGUCGUCUUAAUCAAUUACAUACAUACAUUGUCAAACUUGAAUUCAUACAUGAUCCAGAAUUACUGAGACAUUAUCCAUCAGAAAUCACACAUAAUGCGUCAUUAUUAUUAAAUAAUACGAAAAAUGUCGAGAAACUGAAAUGUUUUUCGCUAUGUGCAUGUGUUCAAACAACUGAAUUAGAUAGUCUAGUUAUUCCACUUGUUCAUCGACUGUCACAUUUGGAAAAACUCACAUUAUCUCUUCGUGUUAGUGAACGAUAUUCAUACAUUGAUGGUACUUAUUUAGAGAAUUCUUUGCUCCGGCAAAUGCCAUAUUUACAAACAUUUUUCUUCGAUAUUGCUACCGAAUAUGUCUAUAUUGAUGGACAAGUUAGACCAUAUUUUAAUGACAUUCGACAUACAUUCAUUCAAAGAGGAUAUAAUGUUGAUGGCUAUAUUGAUUCUAUGAAUUCUAUUAACAAAAUAUGGAAUCGAUAUCAUGUCUAUUCACUUCCGUUCCAUAUGGAAUAUAUACAUCCAAUUUCGCAUGGUUUUCCUGGUGGAAUGUUCAUAAACGUUGCCAACCUACGUAUAAGAGACAGGUCUAAUUCUUUCGAACACAGUUUCUUUGCCAAAAUUUCACGUUCGUUUCCAUUACUCCGUCGUUUGUCAAUCCAGAUUAAAAUAGAGAAAAAAGAAAAAUCUGAAGAAGUAUCGUCAAUUAUUGAGUUUUCUCGUCUCGUCGAACUUAAAUAUGUUUCUGCUCAUAUUGACUAUGUAGAACAAUUUCUUUCCGACAUGAAAACACGACUACCUUCUCUCAUCAAGCUUAUAAUUCGAUACGAACAUUUAGCAACGAUAACUGAGAAUUUUAGAAGAAAUGCAACACGUAUCAACUGUGCAAAAUUAAAAUCGAUCGAAUUUUAUGAUGAAACUCCAAUGGUACAUUCAAAAGACUUUUAUCUCUAUUUUCCUUUAUUGUAG